UCCUUUUAUAUACAAAUCAUUUUCCUCUCUCCUUCUUUUCUGUGUUGGGAUAGUCAACAUGCAAGUGCAUCACCAACUGUAGUGAACUCCAUAUAUUCCGCAUUCUUUUUUGGUAAAAAUCCACCAUUUUUCUGCCCAAUUUCUCCUUGAUUUUGAAAUUUCUGAGCUCUUUCUUGGGUACCCAAUAUCCAGUACACCCAGUUGGGUCGGUGAGAAAACGAUUCAAAUCGAUGAAGAACGAUGAGCGAGCCCGGUUCCUUUUUGGGAUUUCGCUCUCUGACAGACCCAAAUGGCAACAAUUCCUCCUUUGCUCUUCUGGGUUCUUCUUUGGCUACCUUGUUAAUGGUGUCUGCGAGGAAUAUGUGUAUAACAGGCUACAAUUCAGCUAUGGUUGGUACUUCACAUUUGUCCAAGGAUUUGUGUAUCUAUUUCUGAUAUACCUGCAAGGCUUCACCACCAAGCAAAUGGUGAAUCCAUGGAAGACUUAUGUGAAGCUUUCUGCUGUGCUUAUGGGGUCCCAUGGACUUACCAAAGGCUCUUUGGCUUUUCUCAACUAUCCGGCACAGCUCAUGUUCAAAUCGACAAAGGUUCUGCCUGUGAUGGUAAUGGGAGCCUUCAUACCAGGUUUGAGACGAAAAUACCCACCUCACGAAUACGUUUCUGCACUUCUUUUGGUGGUGGGUUUGAUCCUAUUCACCCUAGCAGAUGCACAAACAUCUCCCAACUUCAGCGUGAUUGGUGUUCUGAUGGUAUCGGGUGCUUUAAUCAUGGAUUCCUUUUUGGGUAACUUGCAAGAAGCUAUCUUUACCAUGAAUCCCGAAACCACACAGAUGGAGAUGCUGUUUUGCUCUACAGUGGUUGGCCUACCUUUCUUGAUUCCACCCAUGCUUUUGACAGGGGAAUUAUUCAAAGCGUGGAACUCAUGUUGGCAGGUAACUUGCAAUCCAAAAAUCCUAAGAUUCCACCAUGUUACAUGCAUCACACAAGCCUCACAAUGUCUAACAAAUCUUUUUGGUAUUAUGCAGCAUCCAUACGUGUAUGGCGUGUUAGUCUUUGAAGCCAUGGCCACAUUUGUCGGCCAAGUCUCCGUCCUUUCCCUCAUUGCACUUUUCGGAGCCGCCACCACAGCCAUGAUCACAACGGCCAGAAAGGCCGUCACAUUACUGCUGUCAUACAUGAUAUUCACAAAGCCAUUAACUGAAGAGCACGGGACCGGACUUCUGCUCAUAGGUAUGGGGAUCACACUGAAACUCCUGCCGGAAAAUAAACCAUACCAGAGAGUUUCAACCCCGUCUUCCAAGACCAACACUUCAAAACCUGCUCCAAUCGAAAACGACAGAAUCCGACUAGAAAACGCCGGAGAAAAUGAAGAAAAGAGUCAAUUGGUCUGAAACACCAACCUGCUUAAUAGGUUCCUCAUUUCUCAGCAGCUAUUUAGCAAAUUUUAAGGGAAGUGUUAUUGGUAUUCCAAAAAUCUCAUUCUGCACUCCUCACAAUUGUAUUUUUCUUUCAUAAUAUAGAAAGUUUGGAGUGUAUAAUGACAUUUUUGGAGUGCUAAUAACAAUUCUCAAUUUUAAUUAUUCCAAAUAAGAACAUUAGGGAUUUUUAUGUUUUAUUUAUUUUUUUCUGUUUUUUUUAAUCUCCAGUUUAAUUCUUUGUAUUGUGUCCUUUGUUUUUUAAUUCUUUAUAUUUGUUGUCAAAGUGUUAGAAACCCCCAGAGUUACCAGCUUAUCUUUUUGUGAAUGUUUUGGAAUAUGAAGCUGAAUUUCAGAGCU